AUGAUAGUGGGAAAUAAAUAGAUGCUUAAUUAAUUCAAAAGUACUUUCUUCAGAUUCUCAUAAGUACAGAAAUUACUUUCUUCUCAAGGCUAAUUAGUUCAGUCAUAGACUAAAUUAUUUUCUGUUGAAUAAAAAAAGCUGAGUUCCUAUCAAAAUGGCCCAAAUUCAUGGGGAACUGAAUACAAUGCUGAAGGCUAUAAAAUGGAAUAGGAGUGGAAUAAGAUUUACGAGAAAGUCACUGCAGAUACAAUCAGUAACCUGAAACUUGAGUUAUCAGAACCAUAAAUGUAAAGGGUUGAGCUAUUCCUAGAUGAAUUUUUAAAAAUGUCCAAAUAAGAAAGACUUUACUUCACCUACAAGAGCAGAGAAAAGACAUUGAAUGCAACUGGAAUCGAUUUCGCAAAUAUGAAUAUGCACUGGCCUGUAUUGAGAUAGUAAGAGAUCGGUACUUGGCCACCAAAUAACCCAAACUGGUUCAAUGGAUUAGCAAAUGCAAGUAUGAGCAUGGGUGGAGGCGGAAGCAGUGCAGCUAGUUCUACAGUUGGUGCUACUAAGGAGACAUCAUAGGAAAAGAAAGUGGAAGAAGUUAAAGAAAAGUCUCAUUAUGAUAUUGAACUUUCCAAGUUUGACCCAGCUAAGAAAAUUAUUCUUAUUAAGGAGGUGAGAGCUAUUCUAAAUCUUGGAUUAAAAGAAGCAAAAGAGAUGGUUGAAGGAGCUCCAUGCUGGAUAAAGAAAGAAGUAGCUAAGGAAGAAGCAGAAAAAUUAGCUGAAAAACUUAAGGAAUUAGGUGCUGAAUGUAGACUUGCUUGA